AUGAAUAAGUGGCCUGUGUUUAUUUGUGGACUUUUGUUUAUAUUUAAGGGUUACUCAGCCCUAGAAUAUAACAGACAACGGCUUAAUACAGAUUUCCUACUGCAUGAAGGAGGAGCACAAACGACUGGAACCAAACGAGAUUACGUUAAUUCAGAUACUUUCGGCCAGUCUCCUAACUCCAACCAAUUUCCAGCAUUAGGACCUCAAGUUACACCAAAAUCAACAUCAACAAGUCAUCAAACUAACCAGCCGGCAACUCCGAAAACCACUACAACCACAGCCAGUGUCAAUCCUGGACCACAACGUAAUCCACAAUCCUCGACUGGUAAAAGAGACUAUGUUGCGCCCCAAUUUCCCACCUUGAAACCUGUUCAAAGUAACCAGCAGGCGACUCCGAAACCAACCACGGCGAGUGUCAAUUCUGGGCCACCACGUAGUCCCCAAUCUUCAAGCAGUAAUAGAGAUUAUAUUGCGCCUCAAUUUCCGGCACUUAAGCCAGUGCAAAAUAAUCAUCCAACACAAAAUAACCAGCAAAGUUCUCAAGCAACUGGCAAUAAAGUAAAAGAUCUUGUUAAUUACUACGAUAAUAAAACACCAAAUCAAGGCUCACCCAGUUACAGUUCAAUUCUGCAAGGUCCUACAAAUAAAAACACUAUAAGUUCAUCGACAAAAUUUACACAAUCGAUACCAACAACUUCUCCAAUACAGCCUACAAAACCUAUGAGUUUUAGUUCCAUCGUAACAGGACAAAAUAAGCCCACUACAUCUGGAACUCGAACCGUGACGACUGCUAAACCAAUACGUGCUCCUAGUUCACCCGGAUCUCGACCAGGAACACCAGUUCUGCCAAGUUCUAUUGUGAACAAUAAUCGUCCUGCCACAUCCAAUAGCACGAACGCUGUAACUGAUGCUGAAUUGCAGGUUCUUAGCGAAGAAUUACUGAGAAAAGAUACUAAUAAUGCAGCUCGAUACAUAACAGUUAACUAUCAAGAAAAGACGACGUCACAAUCAACGGAGGAUAAGGCACAACAACCGUUGCUAACUAUAUCACCUGAAGUGUGGAAUAUUCCAACUAUACAAAAGUUUGUUCCAUUAUUGGACAAUUACGAACUUGACUCGUUGGUUAAUGAACAUGUUACGCCACAGGAGCGAAUAGAAGAAAACAACUUUAUGGAUGCGGUAAUGUCUACGACAGUAAUGAGGCAUUUAAUGAAUUUCUUGAAAAACAAAGGGUUGGUCUCACUUGACCCAAAACAACAGAGAGAUUUUGUGAAGCAGCUGUGGUUUACAUUGUAUUCACGAGGCAAAGGAAAACUAGGCAGUUCUGGCUUCGAACACACGUUUCUCUCAGAGAUUAAGAAUGGGGGAGUACAAGGUUUACACAACUGGAUAUAUUUCUCUAAGGAAGAAGCAGCCAAUCGAGUUAAUUACCUGGGUUAUAUGAAAUACGUUGAACUUAACGAUAAAGGAGUUUUGUUGAAGUUCCAUUUUAAUCAACAAGGCCUGGACAAACCAGUUAAUGGCAUGUUCAUUGGCACAUCUCCGGAACUGGAACUAGCGCUGUAUACCCUCUGCUUUAUCACUCGUGUUGACAAUGACUGUAAUCUGAAACUUGGAAAUAAGGAUGUGAACAUUGUGACUUACAAUUACCGUUACCGAAGCAAAAAUCUCGUUGGAACCGCUUUUCCUCAAAUAUAA